GUCAUGGGUAGCAUUCUUCAGGAGCUGUCCCCGAGACAGACUGUAUACUGCAGCUCUUGUUUCGCAGCAAAAGUCACCAUCUCGACGUCUUCCUUGGUCGCCUCUCUCCUUGCUGACAUGCAGGACUGUUGCCUCGUAUCCUCCCAGGAAAACUCCCCAUGGGGAGGGCAAAUUGAUUACGAGGUUCUGAGGAAGGAAAUCGAACAUUCCCACCUAGAACCACAGUAGUACCUAGUCUACUGGAGGUAACAGUGAUCCAUCAUUGAUCAAAUGACCUUGUGCCAAUGCUGACAUCGUGGACACCGGCCUUGCGUUCGGGAGCCGCGCCUUUCCGGUAGGUUCGCAGCCUUGCAUUCUUUGAUAUCCUGAGAUCUACACAAGCUAUCGAGACCGGUCACCCGAAAUGCUUCUUCACGCCACAAGACGUCUGCGGCGCUUUGGCCCAGUCAUUCGAUUGCACGUCUGUUCUAGAUCUUUGGUUAUGCACUCGCCUUUCGGUACUUGCGACGGCCCUUGUUUAGCACCUACCACGGAUUCCAUCUUACUGGCGACCCUGUCGAAGGGGCCCAAUAUUCCGGAUUACUCUGCACAGUAUUGUGCACUGUGCGUUAUGGAGCGUUGCGCCUUCACGUCAUACGCUCAACUCCCUGCUCUUUGUGCUUACAGAUCCCUGGAGAAAUCACUCAGUCACCAUCAUCAUUUGACAUACCAUGCAGUACCCCCGUCUCCUCUCGUGGUGUCAUCUGUGGGCCUCCGCCAUUGGAAGUAACAUCACCGCUCCGGCUUCGACCACGUGUUGUACAACAAUUUUCUCGGGUGGGAAUCUGACACGAAGGUAUAAGAUCAAUCGCUUCGCUUGUUCUCUCUCAUCCAAGUCUGACUCGAACAAUAAACAACAAAUUGCGACUCAACCUACGAAAGAAUUAUGGGGUUGAUGAAGGUUCCAAAGUUCCAGAUGCCCACGCGGCAAUCUCUGGGGUUGACCAACUACGUCAACUACGACAGAUACAAUCCGCACGGUGAAGACUCUACUGAUGCGAGAAAAUCCUUGUCUCAUCUCGACUACAGUCCUCUGCGACGAGUAACAUGGGCGUCAUUCUGGAUGGGCAUGCUCGUCUCAAUGGGAGGCUUCAUCUUCGGAUAUGAUACUGGUCAGAUCUCCGGUUUCCUGGAGCUGCCAGAUUUCCUCGACAGAUUUGGCCAGCACCACAGUGAUGGCACAGCUUACUUCAGCAACGUCAGAUCCGGUCUCAUCGUAGGAAUGCUCUCAAUCGGUACAUUGAUCGGUGCUCUGAUUGCGGCUCCAAUCGCCGAUGUCAUUGGCCGGAAGCCCUCUGUCACGUUUUGGUGCUGCAUCUUCUCGGUCGGUAACAUUGUCAUGAUUACAUCCGAGCACCACUGGUAUCAAAUGAUGAUGGGUCGUUGGGUUGCUGGCCUUGGUGUCGGUGCCUUGUCUUUGCUGGUACCAAUGUAUAUGGCCGAGACCGCUCCUCGACACAUUCGUGGAUCCUUGAUCAGCACAUACCAACUCUUCAUCACCUUGGGUAUCUUCUUGGCCGCGUGUAUCAACUAUGGUUGCUACGAACACCAAAGAAGUAGCUCGGCCUCGUGGCGUAUCCCCAUGGGUCUUGCUUUCGUGUUCGCGUUCAUUUUGGGCGCGGGCAUCCUAAUCUUCCCGGAGACACCUCGAUACCUCUACCGCAAAGGCAAGAAGGACGAAGCCAAGCGGGUUAUGCUCAAAGUAUACGGCGCUCAGGAGAACCAUUAUAGCGUCCACGUCGAGCUGGAAGAGAUCGAAGCCAAACUUCGCGCCGAAGCCGUACAUCAAGGAGUCGUCCAGGAAUGGAUCAACAUGUUCAGAGCUCCCAAGAUGGCAUAUCGUAUCCUUCUUGGCAUCGCCCUCCAGAUGUUCCAGCAAUUGACUGGCGCCAACUACUUCUUCUACUACGGUACGGUGAUCUUCAAGGCUACCGGUAUCAACAACUCUUUCGUCACUCAAAUGAUCUUGAACGGCAUCAAUUUCGGCACUACCUUCUACGGACUGUACAUCGUCGAGCACUACGGUCGUCGUAGGUCGCUCAUCGUCGGGUCGUUCUGGAUGUUCCUCAUGUUUAUGAUCUUCGCCAGUGUCGGCCACUUCUCCCUGGAUCGCAACGAUCCCCAGAGCACAGAAUCCAGUGGUACGGCAAUGAUUGUUAUGGCCUCAUUUUUCAUUUUUGGCUUCGCAACAACUUGGGGACCGAUGAUCUGGACCAUUUGUGGCGAGUUGUAUCCUUCUCGCUACCGCGCCAAAGGUAUGGCCUUGUCCACCGCAUCGAACUGGUUCUGGAACUUCCUUCUCGCCUUCUUCACCCCUUUUAUCACCGCCGAUAUCGAUUUCUUAUACGGUUAUGUCUUUGCUGGCUGCAACAUCCUAGGCUUGUUCCUCAUCUACUUCUUCGUCAUUGAAGGCCAAGGCCGGACCCUCGAAGAGAUUGAUACCAUGUACAUCCUCAGUGUCAAGCCAUGGGACAGCCGGAAAUGGGCUGCACCCCCGCCAGAAGAGAUUGCCAAGAUUAGGAGAGAAGCCGGUACCGAAAAUGGCGCUGCAGAGGCCGGAGAAAUCCAGCCUGUUGCUGCUGGCGCUGCUGAACUUGCGCGAGACAGCGAGAGCACGCAAGCCGAGAAGGAGCUCGAACACCGAGAAUAAGAAAAGACAGAGACCUGUCUGUUGGAGACGUGGAGUAAUGGUUGCGACCGAAUCGACUAGAAAGGUAUAGGUAGGAGAAAGAAGAACUCUGGGUGGAGAGGAAGCAUGCACAAGAAUGGGAGUGGUAGAGGGAAGAAAACAGGAGUUGAUACCCCCAGAUGGAGGAUUGCUUUGGUUUUCAUGAUACCACGAUCGUUAUGUCUAUUACGCAUAAUACUAAUUGCAAGUCACUAUGUGGACUUUGCUACAACUGAUACUAUCUACUACUGCCCUGCAAGCAUAGAAAAUCUGAGAUUAGGACUCCCAGCUUGGUCUGGU